AGAUAAAUCAUACAUAUAUAUAUAUAAUUAUAUAUGCAACCCAAAUGACCCAAUACCAAUCCACACCACCACCACCACCAUGGUAGCGGCGGCAGCGGCAGCAGUGAUAGCAUUCCACUCAUAUUCUCCUCAAGAACAACAGCAAGCAAAUGCACAACAAUCAACAGACACCCCUCAACUAUCCAAGAAACCCAAAACCAUCCUCCAUAAAAACCCUCUUUACACUCCAGUCCACUCAAAACUAUCAUUGCAAUUCAAAGAAAAGAUCUUAUGCCUUGAAGUUAUGGGUGUUGAUUCAGGUAAAGCCCUCUCUUUAAAUCCAUUAAUCCAUUCAACCACUCUCAAUUCAAUCCACAACAUCAUCACUUUCCUUCAAUCGAAAGGCAUUCUACAAAAAGAUCUUCCAAGAAUCAUCGGCAUGUGCCCGAAGAUCCUCACCGCCAACAUAGACAACGAACUCAUUCCGGUUUUCAAUUUUCUAUCGCGUGAUCUCAACGUCCCAGAUCACAAUUACAGAAAAGUGAUCAAUAAGUGUCCGAGACUACUUGUUUCGAGCGCCGAAAAUCAGCUUCGACCGGCUCUUUUUUACCUAAAACGACUCGGGUUUCGGGAUUUGGCGGCGUUGGCGUAUCAAGACUGUGUGUUGUUGGUGUCAAAUGUGGAGAACACAUUAAUGCCAAAAUUGGAUUACUUGAUCAGUUUAGGGUUUUCUAAACCGGAGGCGAUCGAGAUGGUUUUGAGGUGUCCCGGGCUGUUUACGUUCAGCCUCGACAACAAUUUUAAGCCGAAAUUCGAGUACUUUGAGAAAGAAAUGAAAAGGGAUAUGAAUGAAUUGAAGGAUUUCCCACAGUAUUUUGCAUUUAGUUUGGAGAAAAGGAUAAAGCCUAGACAUUUGGAGGCUGUUGAAUGUGGGGCUGAGAUUCCUCUACCACUUUUACUCAAAACAACUGAUGAAGAGUUUGCAGAGUUGUUGAAGCAGAGGAACAAAUAAAAAAAAAUUGUAAAUUUUUCAUUUCUUUUGUAAGUAUUAGAAUAUGGCUAAUGUUUUAUUGCAUUGUUGUUGAUGAGCAAA